AUGCCAAACACGAAGACAGCCAAACGCAGGGGCUCCGGGGGCUCUCCGGCCUUGGGCCCCUCGCAGAAGGUACCCCGCACAAAUGAGAAAACUAGCGCCAGCGGUAACGAUACGAAUAGCAGUGGCGUCAGCACGUUAGAAAAGCUGGCAAAGCUGUCAACCAUAGUCGCGGACACGGCGGACUUCGAGGCAAUCAAGGAAUUCAAUCCAACUGAUGCCACCACAAACCCAACACUCGUUCUCCAGGCGGUGAAAGACCCCAAAUACAAACACGUGUUAGAGAAGGCAAUAAAGGAGGCACAGGAGGCAACCAAGGGAAAAUCUGUGGAUGAGACUGUAGAGGAAGCAGUGGACCGAGUUCUCGUUGGAUUCGGCCUCGAGUUGCUUGAUAUUAUUCCUGGACUUGUCAGCACUGAAAUACCCGCUGAUUUAUCCUUCGAUCAAGAAGAGUCUGUAAAUCGUGCGAAGAGAAUCAUCGCGUUGUAUAAGUCCAAGGGGAUUGACAAAGACCGCAUUCUUAUCAAGGUAGCUGCGACUUGGGAAGGGAUUCAGGCUGCCAAACAAUUGAAGCGCGAAGGCAUCAACUGCAACAUUACUCUCCUCUUCAGCCUUUGCCAGGCAGUAGCAGCCAGCGAUGCUGGGGCCUAUUUGGUUUCGCCAUUCGUUGGACGUAUCUUGGAUUGGCACAAGAAACAGGACGCAAGCGCCACCUUUUCUGGUGCUGAAGACCCUGGAGUGAAGAGUGUCACACAAAUAUACAAUUAUUUUAAGCACUUCGGUAUCAAAACCACCGUAAUGGCCGCAUCGUUUCGAAAUACAGAUGAGAUACUGACUUUGGCGGGGUGUGACAAGCUGACGAUCGCCCCAAAGCUGCUACAGGAGUUGCAAGCGAGUUCUGUCGACGUGAAUUCGAGGCUGUCUCCGCAAAACGCGAAGAAAAAGCCAAUUCAGAAGCUGAAUUUAGACGAAAAGACAUUUAGGUGGAUGCUGAAUGAAGACGCUAUGGCUACAGAAAAGCUUGCAGAGGGGAUAAGAAAUUUCUCAUCAGACAUGAAUAAGUUGAAGGGUCUUAUCAGAGAGAACCUUUGA